ACCUCUGCACUACGUUAUAUGAUGCAACGCCGGAAUCGAGGAAGCCGCGGGUGCACGUUGGGGUGAUAAAGCGACGGCGGUGUCGCGGACUAAUGUCCUUGGAGGUGACCAGAGCGACUGCAGAGAUGGUGCUGGCAGAGCUGUAUGUCUCGGAUCGAGAAGGAAAUGAUGCUACAGGAGAUGGAACCAAGGAGAAACCUUUUAAAACAGGUCUAAAGGCUUUGAUGACAGUAGGAAAAGAACCAUUUCCUACCAUUUAUGUAGAUUCACAAAAAGAGAAUGAGAGGUGGGAUGUUAUUUCUAAAUCACAGAUGAAGAACAUUAAAAAAAUGUGGCACAGGGAACAGAUGAAGAAUGAGUCCCGGGAAAAGAAAGAGGCAGAAGACAAUUUGCGAAGAGAAAAGAACCUGGAAGAAGCAAAGAAGGUCACGAUUAAAAACGAUCCAAGUCUUCCAGCCCCAGAAUGUGUGAAGAUUCAUAAAUUAGAAGGAUACAGAGGUCAAAGAGUAAAGGUGUUUGGCUGGGUCCACAGGCUGCGUAGGCAAGGAAAGAAUUUAAUGUUUCUGGUGCUACGGGAUGGAACAGGUUAUCUUCAGUGUGUCUUAUCGGAUGAGUUGUGUCUGUGUUACAAUGGAGUAGUGUUGUCCACUGAGAGUAGCGUUGCAGUAUAUGGGACGCUGAAUCUUACCCCCAAGGGGAAGCAGGCUCCAGGGGGCCAUGAGCUGAGUUGUGACUUCUGGGAACUGAUUGGGUUGGCCCCUGCUGGCGGCGCUGAUAACGUGAUCAACGAGGAGUCUGAUGUGGACGUCCAGCUCAACAACAGACACAUGAUGAUCCGGGGAGAAAACAUGUCCAAAAUCUUCAAAGCACGGUCCAUGGUCACCAGGUGCUUUCGAGAUCACUUCUUUGAUAGGGGGUACUGUGAAGUCACUCCCCCAACGUUAGUGCAAACUCAAGUGGAAGGGGGUGCAACCCUCUUUAAGCUCGACUAUUUUGGGGAAGAGGCAUUUCUGACGCAGUCUUCUCAGCUGUACUUGGAGACCUGCAUCCCAGCCCUGGGAGAUGUUUUCUGUAUUGCACAGUCGUAUAGGGCAGAACAGUCCAGAACACGAAGGCACCUGGCUGAGUACACUCAUGUGGAGGCCGAGUGCCCUUUCCUGACCUUUGAGGACCUUCUGAACCGACUGGAGGACUUGGUCUGUGAUGUGGUAGACAGAGUCUUGAAAUCACCUGCAGCCAGCAUAGUGUAUGAUCUGAACCCGAACUUCAAACCCCCUAAACGGCCUUUCAAAAGGAUGAACUAUUCAGAUGCUAUAGUAUGGCUGAAAGAACACAAUAUAAAGAAAGAAGACGGAACUUUCUAUGAAUUUGGGGAAGAUAUCCCAGAAGCUCCUGAGAGACUGAUGACAGACACCAUUAAUGAACCAAUCUUGCUGUGUCGAUUUCCUGUGGAGAUCAAGUCCUUCUAUAUGCAGCGAUGUCCUGAGGAUUCCCGUCUUACUGAAUCUGUGGACGUGCUGAUGCCCAAUGUUGGUGAGAUUGUGGGAGGCUCCAUGCGUAUCUGGGAUAGUGAAGAAAUGUUGGCUGGUUAUAAAAGGGAAGGGAUUGACCCCACCCCCUACUACUGGUAUACAGAUCAGAGAAAAUACGGGACCUGUCCUCAUGGAGGAUAUGGCUUGGGGUUGGAACGAUUCUUAACUUGGAUUCUGAAUAGGUAUCACAUCCGAGAUGUAUGCUUAUACCCUCGAUUUGUCCAGCGCUGCAAGCCCUAACAGAUUCCUCCUGAAACGUGAAGGGAAGAAUAUGGUUCAGGAUAGGAACAGGCUGCCUCUUUAAAACAAAUUAUUAAAGCCAAAAUACUCCCUUUUCUGUUCCAGUGGGGUACAAUUGUUUUCUUUCUUUUUUUUUUUUUUAAUUAUUGCCAUAAAAAGUAGCCCAAAUUACUUGACUGUCACAUGACAUUGAUGUUUUCAUUUUAAGAAAAAAUAAUUACUACAAAGUUGGGAGAAACUAUGUGGCAUGUAAUUAUAGUUAUGGAUACAUUUCUGCAUUUUUAUCCAAUUUUGUUUUAUAUAUACCAUAUAUAUAAACAGUUUUUAAUUAUAGUCUGAGACAUUCCAGUAACUUAAUCUUCCUGUCCUUUUAAGUGUAACUGGAAGUCUUUAAUUUAUAUCAUUUUAUUGUAUCAAUGAGCUAAAACAAACAUCUUGGGAGAAAAUUGACAACAUAGUAUAAAACUGCUAGCAUUAGAAGUGUAAUUUGGCAGUAGAUACUGGAAUUACGUGAACACAGCCUUUUGCUAGUUAUUAAUCUUUUCUACAUCCAUGUAGCUGCUUAUAGGCACACAGAUGAAUGUGAAAGAAUGUAUAAAAGUACUUUGCUUUAAACAAUUUGAAUUAAGAGGAUAAUUUUUGGAAGGGGUGCUUAAAUGAUUCAUAGUAACUAUCUUCGUGUUGGUUUAACUAAAGAGGCAGACUGAUCUUUCUCUUUCCUGGUAAUUCCUAAGUAAUUAAGAGUAAAUAAGCUCCAAAAGAAUUUGCAGCUGGAAUGUUAAUAACAACUAUAAAUGACUGUUUGAGUCGCCUCUACCAUGUCCUUAGAUCUAAUCCGUGCUACCUUAUUAACUCACAGCAGGCUUAUUGAAUGGCUUCAUUUCAGAUUUGGUUAAUUUCUCCCCACAUGCAUGUCAUGUAUUCUCAAUAGGCUGUAUUCCCAGUAAUCAAUAAAUGAACACAUGUAAAAAUUCA